CCGAUCCGGCCUUAACGCCUGGCUGUAAAAGCAGCGGGCGCCGCCGCUACCCGCGUCCGGGGCCGUUCCUGGGCGGUGUUUGCGCGUUGUUGAGCUCGUACCGCGCUUGCGGACCCCCAGCCCCGGAUCGAGGAACCUGGAGGCACGUCCCCCCUCUCCGGAGGAAAACGUUACUGUUAUAACAUGCGAGGAGUUGGGAUAUUUUCCUUCAAUUCUGUAGCAAUCAGUGUCAGGCAGCCGGAAAUUAUAAUUAACUCAUAUAUAAUCUCAUCUUCAUCUCAGUAGUUGUAGUUCAGAAAUGACCCGGCUGAGCUGAGGGAUGAGGAAGCAUUUAUCAGAUGUGGAUCUGAAUGUUCCCAGUCCCCUGAGGAUACUGGGCAACUUCUGCAUUCACUGAAAUGCACAUGAGCCACAAGCGCUGAGCAUCCUUCACAAUCAAGGGAGACAUGUGUUUUGUCUUCUGCAGCACAGCCUGUGCAGAGGGGCUGACACUGAAGUAUUAGAAGUAGUUUAUAAUCCCAGAUUCAGUUGGGAUUUUGCUGUGAUUCUCCAAACACUCUUGUCCUCAGAAGUUCAGAAGAAAGAAUAUACAUGGCAGUGUCUUGGCUGCCAAGUAUUUUAAUCCAGUUACAUCUGCCUGGAUUAUUUUAAUCCCACUUGUAUUUUUCCAAACCUCAUAAUCUUUGGAACUUUUCGUGAAGUGUUCCAGGUACUUCCUGGCUGCCCAGCCUGUCCUCCCAGACGCAGGCCCUUGCUCGUAUAGCUGCCCGCCUUUAACUCACCCAGGCAUCACUUCUCUUCAUUACCUGCUAGGCAGGUACCUUCACUGCAGUAUCCAUAGUGCUGCCUUUGCUCCAGACUCAUGUUCUGGCUGCUUCAGAUGGAAUGCAUCAUGUUUUCCUCUGUUAAAAAGGCUUCUUCAGAAUUCUAAAUUCUAAGAAUUCUAAUACUGAAAGGCUUAUUGGCAUGGUCUUUAUUUUCCCAGUGGUACACCGAUUAUAAUUUUCCCCUCACCUUCACUUUGUUCCAUUCAAUAUCUUUUUUUUUCCCAUAUUAUGUCCUUUUGGACUAUUUUCUACUAACAUAGAAAGACAGUAUAUAAAGAAGAUGAAUGGCUGGUCCAAGAGCAAACAAAGGUGGUAAAUACAUGCCUGUGUACUCCCAGCCACAAGGAGAGAAGAAAAAAAUAAGUCAAAAUUAGAGGAUUCAUCAUAGUUUUGCUGCCACAACUAAUAGAAUUUUGCUCAUUCUCUACUGCUGUAAAUGUUGUUCUCACUGUUACCUGUUACUCACCUGGUGGAUCCAGGUUUUUAGGUACUUAGCAGCAGCAGUUCUAAGAAUCAAAGAAUUCUGAAACAUCCCCCUGGGAUCCCAUAUGAAUGCACUCUGCUGUUCAUUCACGCUGGCCUAAUUGUUUCCAGGUCUGCCUUUACCAUUCAAACACAUGGUACCAUUUGGUCCCUGUGUACCACUGCUUGCUAUCAGUCAGAAGCUGUCAGAGAUUUCUCCUUUCAUUGUAUGGGAUCCAGGUCAGCUUUUCUGCCUUUCCCCUCCUGGUCCUGCACUGCAAAGUUAAUAGAACUGGAGGCAAAGUUCAAAAUACCAGUAGUUGGGACUGUCAGACAUAGAGAACAACCAAAAUCUGUUCAGUUUAGUGGCACCCAGAAGGCCAAGGGACAGAAACAGUGGUCUUUCUUAGCUUCUGAAAGGACUGGUGUACACCCACCUCACAUAAAUGCUGACCCCUCCAUGAAGAGUACAGCUGCAGUGCCCAGGAAAUGUCAGGUUUCUGAGUGAUACAACUGGAACAGGACUCAACCAGGCCUCUGCUGGGAAACCACAGUCUAUGUACACUUCAAUAAAUACCCCACCUAGGUAUAUUAAAUGAAGUGGUUGCCAGAAUGUUUUGGAAAGAGUUUUCCUGGCCACAUCAGGUAAUAUGUCCAUGGAUUGAAACUAGAUGUGUGCUUAUGGAGAAGCUUCCUUUCACAUCUUUCCCUAUGUUGCAUGCACAAAGAGGAGGCUGAGAAGGAAAUAAGUUAUGGGUGUGUGUAACUGAGAUGAGCGGGGUGUGUAGCACCACCAGUGUUAGCAGCUCUCCUUUUUGCCUUUCAGCCAUGGCUAUGCCCAGUUCCAUUCUGUGGGCUGUUGACAUUUUUGGGAGGGUUUACACCCUGUCUACUGUUGGUCAGUACUGGGAGCUCUGCAAGGAUGCACAGCUGGAAUUUAAGCGGGUCUCUGCUGUCAAGCAGUGCUGCUGGGGAAUAGCCUGUGACCAUCAAGUCUACACCAACGUGUUCUCGGGUGACGUUCCUAUUAGAUACCAGGAAGAAACUUAUGAGAACCAGCGCUGGAAUCCAGUUGGUGGCUUUUGUGAGAAAUUACUGCCCAGUGACCGCUGGCAGUGGAGUGAUGUGAGCGGGCUAAAACAUCAGCAGCUCGAUAGUUUCACACUGCCUUCACCCCACUGGGAGUGGGAGUCUGACUGGUAUGUGGAUGAAAAUAUUGGAGGGGAGCCAACAGAGAAAGGGGGCUGGACUUACGCCAUAGACUUCCCCAGCACCUACACAAAGGAUAAGAGAUGGAAUUCUUGUGUCAGACGCAGGAGGUGGAUCAGAUACCGGAGAUACAAAUCACGGGACGUUUGGGCAAAGAUCGUAUCCCAAGAUGAUCCAGAUAAAUUGCCAGACCCUUUCAAUGACAUCUCCAUUGGAGGAUGGGAAAUCACCGAUGAGCCUCUGGGCCGUUUAUCAGUGUGGGCUGUUUCUUUACAAGGAAGGGUAUGGUACAGAGAAAAUGUCUGCCAUCACAAUCCAGAGGGUUCCAUGUGGUCCUCAAUCACCACUCCUGGUGAAGUUGUACAGAUCAGCUGUGGACCAUAUGACCUCCUUUGGGCAACUCUUUGGGAAGGGCAAGCUAUUGUGAGAGAAGGAAUUGAUAGGAAUAACCCUCAAGGAAUUUCCUGGAGUAUUGUGGAGUCUCCAAGCUCUGAAAAUGGGAUUAUGCACGUGUCUGUGGGUGUUGAUGUGGUGUGGUGUGUUACAAAGGAUAGAAAAGUGUGGUUUAGAAGAGGAGUGAACUCACAUAAUCCUUGUGGGACAAGCUGGAUUGAAAUGAUUGGAGAAAUGAUGAUGGUAACUGUAGGCUUAAAUAACCAGGUGUGGGGAAUCGGCUGUGAUGACAGCGCAAUUUAUUUCCGUCAAGGUGUCACACCAAGUGAGCUCAGUGGGAAGACAUGGAAGGCAAUUGUGUCUGUCCGAGAGAGCGACAGAUCUCAGACCGGGAGCUCUACAAGUCUGCUCAGUGCUGGCUGUUUCUUUACUGAUGAUAUUCAGAACCAAACAAAUGCGAUCAUUCACGGUCAUGCAGAUACUUCCUCUGAUACAGAGCUUCCAAGUGUACCCGUGAACCUUGCCAACACCCCCUCGGUGGGAGCUGGAGCCAGCAGCAGUGGUAACAGCCCAGGCAACCAGACAGCAGAAACCCAGGAAAACGUGGCUGUGGAUCCUCUGGACUCUGGACAAGGAGAAGUCACUGUGGCUUCGACUAGUAAUGAGAAUGCUAAUCUUGAAAUGCAUAAACCUACAAACCCAAAUCCUUCUGCAGAACUGCAGUGGACAAACAUUGACUUGAAGGAGGCCCAAAAGCAUCCAGUCCUCUCUGUCAGCAGCUUUGCAGAAACGUCCAGCCUGUCUUCCCUUGGCAUGUUCUCAGUGGGAGCCGAAGAGCAGUAUGGAGCCGAUGAUCACCCACUGUGGGCCUGGGUGUCUGGGGGAGGCUGUCUUGUAGAUUUGCACAGCCCGUUGAAAUGGUUCACUGUUCCAUCAGGAUUGUCAUCCUCUGUGCAGUCCCUAUCACUGUCUAUCACUCCAGCACAGACAGCAGCAUGGCGAAAGCAGAUCUUUCAGCAGCUCAGUGAAAGGACAAAGCGGGAGCUGGAGAAUUUCAGGCACUAUGAACAGGCUAUUGAGCAGUCAGUUUGGGUUAAAACUGGAACCUUGCAAUGGUGGAGGAAUUGGAAGCCUCAUAAAUGGAUGGAUGUUCGAGUCGCGCUUGAACAGUUCACUGGGAGCGAUGGAAUUCGUGACAGCAUCCUGUUCAUCUAUUACAUGUACUAUGAGGAGAAAAAGUAUAUCCACGUUUUCCUGAAUGAAGUCACUAUUAUAGUUGAAGUUCUGAAUGAAGCCAAACAUUCCUUUGCACUUUAUACACCUGAAAGGACGAGGCAGCGAUGGCCAAUCCGCCUGGCAGCCACAACGGAGCAAGAAAUGCAUGACUGGCUGUCUUUGCUGAACAUGUCGUGUUGUGAAAGCAGACGGAUUCAAGGCCCUCCUUCUCACCAUGCCAUUUGGUCAGUUACUUGUAAAGGAGACAUCUUUGUUAGUGAGCCAAGUCCUGAACUGGAGGAUGGACCACAAAUGAUGCCAUGUGAUCAAAUGUUUUGGCGUCAAGUUGGAGGUCAUCUUCGACUGGUAGAGUGCAAUAACCGAGGCAUAGUGUGGGGCAUAGGAUAUGAUCACACAGCUUGGGUUUACACUGGUGGAUAUGGAGGUGGCUUCAUUCAAGGACUGGCGAGUAGUGCUGAUAACAUUUAUACACAAUCAGAUGUGAAAUGUGUUUACAUUUAUGAGAACCAGCGGUGGAACCCAGUCACUGGAUAUAGCAGCAGAGGUCUGCCCACAGACAGAUACAUGUGGAGCGAUGCAUCUGGCCUGCAGGAAUGUACAAAACUCAACACCAAACCUCCUUCUCCACAGUGGACUUGGGUAUCCGAUUGGUACAUCGAUUUUAAUACUUCAGGCGGAACCGAUCGGGAGGGCUGGCAGUAUGCAGCAGACUUCCCAGCGUCCUACCAUGGUCACAAAACAAUGAAAGACUUCGUCCGACGGAGGUGCUGGGCAAGAAAAUGUAAGAUAGUCACCAAUGGGCCAUGGCUGGAAGUGCCUCCUGUUACCCUGUGGGACAUCUCCAUAAUUCCCAGUUCAGAUGCAGAUGGUGAAGAAGCAGUAGCACUGUGGGCAAUCAGUGACAAAGGAGACGUGCUCUGCAGGCUUGGAGUGACACAGCAAAAUCCAGCUGGAACAUCCUGGCUCCAUGUGGGAACAGAUCAGCCCUUCAUUUCCAUCUCAGUUGGAGCAUUUUACCAAGUGUGGGCUAUUGCUAGAGAUGGUUCUGCCUUCUAUCGGGGUUCAGUGUCUCCAAAAAAACCUGCAGGUGACUGUUGGUACCAUAUUCCUUCACCUCAAAAACAGAAGUUAAAGCAAGUCUCAGUAGGACGAACAUCUGUGUUUGUGUUGGAUAAAAAUGGCAAUCUUUGGUACCGGCAGGGUAUCACACCAAGCUACCCUCAAGGAUCUACUUGGGAUCACGUUUCAAAUAACAUCCGCAAAAUGUCUGUGGGGCCCCUGGACCAGGUCUGGGUGAUAGCUGACAAAGUGCAAGGAAGUCAUAGUUUGAGCUGUGGGACAGUCUGCCAUCGGAGUGGUGUUCAGCCAAUGGAGCCUAAAGGCCUCUCAUGGGACUAUGGUAUUGGGGGUGGAUGGGAGCACAUUAGUGUCAGAGGAAAUGCAACUGAAGCAUCUAGGCUCACUGUGCAUGACACUUCUGAGGAAAACCUUGCAGUAUCAAAGGAUUUAGAAGAUGAGGAGAGUAAAGGGAAAACAGAACACUCUAAAACCCCUCUGAUGGUCAGUGAAAGUCAGGAAUUGGACAGAAAUGCUGUUAAUUGUUAAGUUGCUGCCAUCUACCUGUUCCAAGCAGUAGUCAGUAUCAUUUAAAAAGAAACUAAAUAUCUAUUUCCUGGAGAGAAAAACAUGACCUUUUUGUGCUACUAAAAUAUUUUACUGAACUGAAAUUUUAAAUACUGACCUCUUCUACUACAUCAUGUGCAAAAUGUGACUUGAUAGAGCUAAUAGUUUUGUCAAAGCAGGCAACCUUUUUAGCCACGAUGUAUUUUUGACCCUUUACCAUAGCUGCUACAAACCAUACAACUGUGAAUAUUUUUGCAGACGAUCAUUACAUUUACUACAUUUUUUUAAUGUUACAGUUCCCUUCAUUUCCCUACAUUUCUCUCAGAUUCACCCAUCUUGCACACUGUUCUUCAGAUUCACAUUUGAGCAGAGAUGAAGAUGUCAUAUCAGUGAAAAUGAAUAGCAGGCAAACCUAACAGGUCCUAAUUGCACAAGCAUUCAUGUAACUCUGCUCAUGUGAGUCCUGCUUUUACAGGCAUGUAGCUUGUGUCGUGCUAUUCUUGCUCCCACCAGUAAAAUUAAAUUCUACACAACUCAGCUUAGGGUGCAGUUACCAGUAAGGGACAAAUUUUGCUAUCUUUGCUCACAAUGAGCAAUAUCUCAAUCAAGAAGUGGAGACACUAGUUUUGGUGAGACUGUGGAGAGCACGGUCCUAUUCAGUCUAAGUGGCAAUGUCUCAAUUCUAAAUUGUUGGUCCAAAUAGUGAUAAAUCAUGUUUUGUCUUCAUCUUAACUAGAACUGUGGUGACUGAGGUAUGCAUAUGCCUGCCUCAUGAAGGUGAAAGGCACCAGACACUUGAGCUGGACUGCAUUCCAGAUCAUUGCAAAUCAUGUUUUCAAUAGUGUAAAAGACAAGAGGAGGUCUUCAAUAAGAUUCUGACUUCACAGUGGUAGGAGUGCAAAACAACUUCACUGGUAUCAGUCAGUGGAGUUUGCCAGCAUACACUAAUGUGGGUUCAGAAUGAAGCUCUGUUCUUUGUUUUUAGUGAUUGAUUCGUCCCUUCUUCCAAAAAGAAGCCACUUCUUAUUCUCAAAAAAAAAAAAAAAACAAAAAACCACCAACUUUUUUUUUUCCUGUCUUGCUUAUCAUAAUUGAACUGUGAUGUGAAAUUAGUAAUUGAAAUCCAGUCCUUGGGAAGCGCUGAAAAAGCCUUUCCCAUAGCUUCAGGAAGGCACCUCGUUUUUCCCCUGGCAGCAGUUUACAUCCAUUUUUCCUCUCUGUGUGUGACUGUGUAUGGCAUUAUUUUUGUAUGAUGAGCAGUGUGGUGUGGUCUCAGUACUGUAUUUGUAGAAGUAAAACUUAUGUUUGCACGUAUUUAAAGAAUAUAUUUGGUAUUUUAAUGCCAAGGAAAGCACUGUUUCCAAGUCCAAAUGUGAAUGAAGAUUGAAGAUGCUUUACUGUUUUAAAAACACUUGUUGAUCUUUCCAGUAUGUGAUUAGACAUUUCUGGUUGAUACAUACAUUGUGGGAGUACCAUCAAUAACAUGUUUGCUUUAAUUACCAGAAUAGGUUUUGCAUAACUUGCACAGUAUCUUGUCCAAAUAAAUGACUUUAUUACAUGUA